AGUACCCGUCCCCGCCCUUUCCGGUCCGGCCAGCAUCGGCUUCUCCUGCUGCACGUGGGUUCCGCCCGGAGGGGAGAUUUGAGCUGCCGCCGCCGCAGUGGAAGAAGAUUGUCGCCUCCGUGAGCGCUCCGGGCUCGGGGGCCGCUAGGACGUCACAAUGCCUAAAGCCCUAAAGGGAAAACUUGCAGGACGAGAAAAAAAGGUCAUCCAUCCAUAUAGUAGAAAAGCAGCUCAAAUGACGAGAGAGGCUCACAAGCAAGACAAAAAGGAAAAGUUGAAGAAUGAGAGGGCUUUGCGUCUCAACCUUAUAGGUGAAAAGCUUCAGUGGUUUCAUGAUCAUCUGGAUCCUAAAAAAAUCAAAUAUUCAAAGAAAGCUGCAUGUGAGUUAAUAGAAAGGUACUUGAAUCGAUUCAGCGCUGAGCUGGAGCAGAUAGACUUAGAGAACAGCAUCAAGGACAGGCAGGGCAGGCGGCACCAUGCCCGGGAGACGGUCAUCAAGCAGACGGUGGCGCGGGAGCGGCAGCAGUAUGAAGGCUAUGGGUUUGAGAUUCCCGACAUUUUAAAUACCAGUAAUCUAAAAACUUUUCGGGAAUGGGAUUUUGAUCUGAAGAAAUUGCCAAACAUUAAAAUGAGGAAACUGUGUGCGAAUGAUGCAAUUCCUAAGCUGCGUAAGAAGAAAACUAUUUUGACUCCUGACAAAGAAAUAGGGGAACUGGAGAUAGCUGGAGAAUCAAGUGACUCAGAUGUAGAAAUGUCUUCACUACCUCUCUGCCCAUAGUUGAGUUGAAAAUAAAUAAUUUGAGACUGUCAAACCCUACUCAUUGAUUAUGAGAAAUAAUAGUUGGUGUGGAAGAAUUUGCUAUUUAACUGAUCUUCUCAUAUAGUGAGUCUCAUUUGCAGUUUCAAAAAUGGUGGAGUGAUCUUUUAUUCAAAAAUGAAAGUUGCUUUUAUUUUAAAUUUCUAUUAAAAAGGUAGGAAUUGUAUUAAACUGCUUUCCAUGAAUUAUAAUUAAUUCCCAGGAAUUCGAACUUACAAAAAAGAGACUUUUCUUACAGUUGCGAGAGCUGAGAAGCCAAAUAGCAUAACACCAGCCCUGGUGAAGCUCUGACUGUGUGAUGUUAUGGCUAAUGGCAUCACAGUGGUUGGGGGGAGGUUUAUGGUGGAUAACAGGGUAGAUGCGGUGGGGAAGGGGCUAGGAAAGACCUAGAUGAACCCAUUUCAUUUCCCCCUCCCCCCAUGUAGUCUCUGGGUGGUCUCAAAGUCAUGGCGAUCCUCCUACCUCCGCCUCCUGAGUGCUGGGAUUAAAGACGUGCGCCACCACGGCCAGCUUGGGCCCACCUCAUCAAGUCCUACUAUCUUUUAACGUCACCAUACUUGGGAAAAGUUUUGAACACGUGCAUUCUUGGGAAGUACACUUAAACCAUGCCAAAUCACAGCAGAGAUCUUCACAAUGUUUAAUCUAAAUUUUGUAAAGGGGAAAGCAGUUUGAGAAGCAUAAAAGUGUUAAGUUUUUAGUUAUGUGUAUUUAGAAUUGCCUAAUGUUACAUUAUGGGCAAUAGACCUGUCUCCUUAAAGGCCGCUGUGGCUAUUUCUUGCAUUCAGAUAAUCACAAAAGUGUACGUCAGUACUGACACUGAUUUUACCCUUAAAUAUUGAUUUCCUGGGGGGGGGGUUGUACGUGUGUCAUACGCACAUGUGGAGGCCAGAGGAGGAUAUCAUGUGUCCUCAGUUGCUGUUCUGCCUUAUUUUAUUGAGAUAAGGACUCACCAAACCUGGAGAUUGCAUCUUUUUCCAGCUAGGCCGGAGUACCAGUGAGCCGGGUGGGUCUCCCGUCCCUGACCCUCAGCGCCAGGUUGGCGGGCGGGCAGGCGCAGCUCCUCCCCGUGUGCCGGCUCAGCGCGGCUCCUCGUGCUCCUGCCACGAGCGCUGAGAUCGUGGCCGUCCCCCAGCCCCGGGCUCCAGCUUAUAAAAUGGAGACUGUGACACGCGUUCCUGCCCACGCAGAGUUGCCGUUAGUUGUGUCUUCUGAAGCAGUGAAGUGUCAGAAACCAGUCAUGGCGUCCUGUGUUCUCCUUUCAACAGGAUGAGGAAACGGUCUCAGGGUCACUCCUUUUGAUUGGAUUUUGGUUUCUACCUCUUAAUUGUGAAACUGAUAGAAAUAAAGAUGCAGAAAGUGAUUUUUAAAUAUUUUAUUUUUUCUAAGAGAUAUGUUAAUGUGACAAAUAAAUGUUCUGUCACAAAUAGCUGGAAAUACUGUUUGUCCACAGAACUUACUACAUGGAAAUGUCCUUAUUGUGCUUUUAAGAGCUUCAAGUAUAUUGUUAAUUAAAAGGGAAAAUAAAACCUCAUGCUGUAUGAAGUUCACUAGAUGUCAGCUGCCCUGAUGUUAAUUAUAAAGUGACAAUACUUUUUUUAUUUCUGAAAAACCAAGAUAAACUUUAUUUGCAUAAAUUUA